CUCCGGAAGUGGAGGGAGGGGGUGAAAAUGGCGCCCAGCUCGAAAUCGGAGCGGAACAGCGGGGCCGGGAGCGGCGGCGGCGGCACCGGGGGCGCCGGGGGGAAGCGGGCAGCGGGGCGGCGGCGGGAGCACGUCCUCAAGCAGCUGGAGCGGGUCAAGAUCAGUGGGCAGCUCUCCCCUCGCCUCUUCCGGAAGCUGCCGCCCAGGGUCUGCGUCUCCCUCAAGAACAUUGUGGAUGAGGACUUUCUCUACGCAGGACACAUCUUCCUGGGCUUUUCCAAGUGCGGCCGUUACGUUCUUUCCUACACCAGCAGCAGCGGGGAUGACGACUUCUCCUUCUACAUCUAUCAUUUGUACUGGUGGGAGUUCAACGUCCACAGCAAGCUCAAGCUGGUCCGGCAGGUGCGGCUCUUCCAGGAUGAGGAGAUCUACAGCGACCUGUACCUGACCGUGUGCGAGUGGCCCAGCGAUGCCUCCAAGGUCAUCGUCUUCGGCUUCAACACCCGCUCGGCCAAUGGGAUGCUCAUGAACAUGAUGAUGAUGAGUGACGAGAACCACCGAGACAUCUACAUCAGCACCGUGGCGGUACCGUCGCCAGGCCGCUGCGCCGCCUGCCGGGAAGCCAGCCGGGCCCACCCGGGCGACCCCAGCGCGCAGUGCCUGCGGCACGGCUUCAUGCUGCACACCAAGUACCAGGUGGUCUAUCCCUUCCCCACCUUCCAGCCUGCCUUCCAGCUCAAGAAGGACCAGGUGGUGCUGCUCAACACCAGCUACUCUCUGGUGGCCUGUGCGGUCUCGGUCCACUCGGCAGGCGAGAACAACUUCUGCCAAAUCCUGUAUGACCACACCACCUCCCCUCCGGCCCCUCCCAGCCCCCCUGGGCCUCAGAGCCCUGAGGUGCCCCCCACCCUCCCCAGUCCCUGUCCCGAAACAGCCCCCACCCGGGUCCCUGGGGCCCCUGAGCCCUCGCCCGCCAUCGCCAAAGCCAAGGAGUUUGUGGCCGACAUCUUCCGCAGGGCCAGAGAGGCCAAGGGUGGGACCUCGGAGGAAGCCCGGCCGCCCCCCUGCCCGGGGCCCUCGGGCAGUCGCUGCCGCCCGCCCUCAGAGCCCCUGGCCCCAUGUGGGGAGGUGGUACCCCGAGACAGCCCCCCUGCGGCGGAGGCACCAGCCCCUGAGCCCGGCUACGUCAACUACACCAAGCUGUAUUACGUGCUGGGGUCCAGCGAAGGGACCGAAGCGGAGGAUGAGUUCGAGGAUGACAAGAUCUCCUUGCCCUUUGUGGUGACUGAUCUCCGUGGCCGCAAUCUGCGGCCCAUGAGGGAGCGGGCUGCCGUCCAGGGUCAGUACCUGACGGUGGAGCAGCUCACGCUGGACUUCGAAUACGUCAUCAAUGAGGUCAUCCGCCAUGAUGCCACCUGGGCCCACCAGUUUUGUUCCUUCAGUGACUAUGACAUUGUCAUCCUCGAGGUCUGCCCGGAAACCAAUCAAGUCCUCAUCAACAUCGGCCUGCUGCUCCUGGCGUUCCCGUCCCCCACUGAGGAGGGCCAGCUCCGACCAAAGACCUAUCACACCAGCCUCAAAGUGGCAUGGGACCUCAACACAGGCAUCUUCGUGACAGUCAGUGUAGGCGACCUGACCGAGGUCAAGGGGCAGACCAGCGGCAGUGUCUGGAGCUCAUACCGCAAGAGCUGCGUGGACAUGGUCAUGAAGUGGCUGGUGCCUGAGAGCAGCGGCCGCUACGUCAAUAGGAUGACCAACGAGGCGCUGCACAAAGGGUGCUCGCUGAAGGUUCUGGCAGACAGCGAGAGGUACACGUGGAUUGUGCUGUGAGGGCCCGGCCGCUCUGGGCACUGACUCCAACUACCUCCGCGGCCUGGGAGCUGGCCGCCUUCCUGGCAGCCUCUCCCCGGCUGGCCGGCCGACCGGUGACCGACUGACGACGGCACUAGUGUUAGGCUGCGGGGAAGGGGGCUGGGUGGGGCAGCCCCUGGUGGCCUGAGAGUCUGGACGCUUCUUAUUUAUGCCUAUUUAAGUUGGGAAGGGGCAGAGGGAGGGAGCCCCCUGCCCCACCAGCCUCAAGCGCCCACCUUCACCCCGCGCUGGGCACAGGCCCUUGCUCUUUGCGCGUCUGCCCCUUUCCUUGGCUACAGGUGUGGACGUUGCCCCCCGGGGAGGCCGAAUGGACCCCUUUCCCCUGCCCUGCCCGUCCCCGCCUCCCCCACCUGAGGUGGCAGACCUCGUGGCCAUCCCCUCCCCCUGCCCGUCAUUCCUCUUCAUGUAAUAAAUGUUUUAUUUCUGAGCCUCA